CUAAGUCCUAACCCUCUCUUCUCCCGAAGAAAAACGAACAGAAUACAUAGAAAGGAAGCUUCUCUCUCGCUCACUUCCUCCUUCCUCUCCCAAAAGAAAACUACUCACAAUCCUCCCGUUCCAGCUCUCUAUUCUUUUCUGGUGCUGAAAAGGAAUAGGAUGUGAGGAAGGCCGGCGGCAGCGACGAUGACGUCUACUAAUUCCUCCGGUGACGAUGAUGACGUCGGGGACGGGAAUCAGAGAUUGGUAAGGGUUCCUUUGUAGGAUUGCAUGUCAUUUUCGGGGUUUUAGGGUUCUGAUUGUUUUUUCUUUUUGGAGUUUUCUUGGACAUGGAGAAAGAAACGGAAUCGACAGUGGCGACGGACAAAGGGGAGCACCGAUGACGACAAAAAAUGACGCCGCCGCCGGCAAUCGACGAAACCCUUCUGGUUUGGGGAGAACAGAACUAGGUGAUAUCCCUCCAAUCCCUUGUUUUAAGAUGGUAAGGAAAUUUCAACUAAAGAAUUGAUUUUGAGAAGAAGGAAGGCAGUGCAAGGAAGAAGAAGAAGAGGAAGUUCGACGAGGGGAAAGAAGUCUGGGUAUUUUUUUUUUUUCCAGAGAGGGAAGGGAAUAUCUGGGGAAGAAGACGAAGAAGAAAAGAGUUCAGCAGCCGAUGAAGAAGAAGGUGUCCGACUUUUUAGUUCUGUAUUUUUAUGUGCUUGAGAGAUGAGAGGUUUUUUUCUUUAUGUUGGUUGCUUUUGGAAGGGGAAAGGAAAAAUCCAGAGGAAGAAGAAGCCAUCCAGCCCCCUUAUCUAAGAGCCAAAGGGCUCUUUUUAUAGAACAAGGCAGCUUAGGGAACAAGUAAGCUACAGUGUUGGUUAUGGGUUGGAUCGGACCGAUAUGGGUUUGGUCAGACCUGUUCUCUGAUCGGUUCGACUUUGUUCACUGAUUUGGUUGAGGGUUGACUUGGGCAGUUUUGAGCUUAAUUGUAAAAUUGGAAUUAUUAAUUGUUCUAAUUAUGUAGUUACUUUAUUGUAAUUGUCUUAAAUGAAAUUGUUAUUUCUUUCUUUAGACUUUAA